UCAACUCAUUGGUCGUUUCUCUUAAGGUAAUCCUGUGAUAGGGAAGUUAAGUGAUUGCCCAGAGGUAAAUAUUGAUGUGCCUUAACGGUCGUUGAACUGGGCACUUUUCAGCUCAAAACAACAUGACCUAAACACAUUUUCGAUACUCGACGGAUCAAAUACGGCGGGACAAAUAAAAACCUACAGCAGACCGACCGUUGGGAAGCGCGUGACGUGGAGUAUCGUUUGAAUGCCGGUCAAGCAACGCGAGAGGAGACACGUCGCCUGAGUUUAUUGUUCAACUAUGUGAUGAUGGUUAAGCACGAGAUGAAGAAUGUCGUUUAAAUGAUGGAUGGACAGCGCGAGGACCUAAAUGUCGUCUGAAGCAGUGCGAGAUGAGUUGACUGUCUAUUCAACAAGUGAACGUUAUUAGCUUAGCUUUCUGAGUUGACGGUGUCAUUUUGGACGUCUCCUGUUGUUAUAAAGCUCGAAAACAACAGCAGGCCAUGACAAUAUAAUAACAUCGUCAGUAUAAUAAUUAUUUGGGAUAUUUUUUGGGGGGAAACUGAUGUAUUGAGAAACAUGCAUCGUUGUAUUUUAACUUUUGUGAACUGAUGUGUUGCCAUUUACCAUCCGUGGUACAAGUAAUUUUGGGACAUUACGUUUGACAACGUCUUGUAGGAAUGUCGGAACAUUUUUUUUAGGAAAAGUAUUUAGUCUCAUCUGUGAUAAAACCAAAUUAAGGCUUGGUUUGUAACACUUGAACCAAACCUGUUUGUGAGGUUACAUUUCUGCUCAGAUCAGGAGCUGCAGUCUGUGGAUAAACAGGAUAGUGUGUCUGUUCUCUCCUUCCUCUGUUCUCUACAUUUCCUUAAAAUGAAAAACUGUGAGUAUCAACAAAUAGACCCCCGAGCACUCGGAACAUCCAACACUCCGAUCUCCACCCUGCCCUUUGGGAGGAAAAGCUCCCAACGCCUCAGGAGGAAAUGGGAAGUUUUCCCUGGUAAAAAUCGCUUCUACUGUGAUGGACGUGUUAUGUUGGCCAGGCAGUGGGGUGUGCUCCCGCUGACCAUCAGCCUUAUUUUCAUCACCAGUGGCUUAUUUUUUAAAUUUGAUUGCCCCUUUCUGGUGGACCACCUCACCGUCUUCAUUCCAGUGAUUGCUGGGGUGUUAUUUGUAUUUGUGGUCAUCAGCCUCCUCCAGACCAGUUUUACAGACCCAGGGAUUUUACCAAGGGCUUUGGCAGAUGAGGCUGCAGACAUUGAGCGGCAAAUUGAUAAGUCAAGAUCCUCAACAUACCGUCCACCUCCUCGCACUAAAGAGAUCCUUAUAAAUGACCAGGUGGUCAAACUCAAGUACUGUUUCACCUGCAAGAUGUUCCGUCCACCUCGGACAUCCCACUGCAGCCUGUGUGACAACUGUGUGGAAAGGUUUGAUCACCACUGUCCUUGGGUUGGGAACUGUGUUGGGAAACGCAACUAUCGCUUUUUUUACACAUUCAUUGUGUCACUGUCCUUUCUGACCUCCUUCAUCUUUGGCUGUGUGAUCAGUCACCUCACUUUACGAUCGCAAGGCAUGAAUAGUAUCAUCAAGGCAAUACAGGAGACCCCAGCCAGUAUUGUUGAGCUGGUCAUAUGCUGCCUCUCCAUCUGGUCGAUUCUGGGUCUGUCAGGUUUCCAUACUUACCUGGUGGCCACCAACCUCACAACCAAUGAAGAUAUCAAAGGCUCUUGGUCCAGUAAGAGAGGGGAAGAAUCAGGGAAUCCUUACAGCUAUAACAACAUUUUUACAAACUGCUGUGUGGUGCUUUGUGGGCCGAUACCACCCAGCUUGAUUGAUAGAAGAGGCUUUUUGCUUCCUGAUGACACACCUCAAACAGUCACCUCUGAGACUGAGCUCCCUUUUUUCAUGGCCAAGAAUGACACACAUAUGUGUGCUCAGGCCACAAAGGAGUUUUUAGAAACUGUGGUGCACUCCUCUAAGAUCCAGAGCACCUGUGCUCCAGUCACACCCAAAACCACCCUGGCGAUCCAAGAGAGUCUGCUCCGCACCGUCUCCAUCACUGUCUCUCCCCCCAGCAGGUCUACCUCUACCGGCUGCUCAGGCCGCCAGGCCCGACGCCCCAUAGAUAUGCCCUGCCCCCAGAGAGGGAGCAAACAGGCUGUUCUCCAUACCCAUAAACCCUUGUUGCAUCUACGCAGCCCCCCGUGCUCCUUCAGUCACAGUCCGCUCAUUCUUAGUGAUGCUCCCGACAUAGGCUUUAUCCCACUGCAUUGAGUGCAGUGUCACUGCCACCAGCAGCAUUGUGCAAAUAUUCUCUUCUGUGUCACUCACCACUCUGAAAACUAUUAUGAAUAAAACUCAGGAUCUUCUCAGGAAUAUGCCAUAAUUCAACAAACGAGAAUACAUCUGCUUUGAACGUAAGUCAAAAUGGUAUAUUUUUGCAUUGCAGAGAAGUGUCAAGAUUUGUUUCCUUAAAUAUCAGCCUACACUUGGAGGGAAACAAAAUACAUCUUUCCAAAAGAUGGCUUUUUUUUUUUGGUCCUUUUGCACAAGAAUGAAACCUUGAGCUAUUUUUCAGGCUUUUUGAAUUUUAGACCUAAAGCAAUAGUUAUAUGAUUUGAAAGGUCAUUUUGGUCUGAGAAAGCCUUCAGAGUUACCUGACUCUUUUGUUUAUUUUUGUGAUUUUGAAGACCUCUUGCGAUUUUUAAACAGUUUGUCAAAAGUAUUCACAUCUACAGGGAAGUAGAUAGAAUGUCGCUGUGGACUGCUCUGAUCUGAGUGUUAAAGGAAUAGUUCACCCGAAAUUGAUAAUUCACUCAUUUACUCACCUUUAUGCUGUCUCAAACUCAUCAUUUUCUUUCUUCUGUGGAACACAAUCCAUAACCAAUACGAAUCGAGUGGUUUAAUCCAUGUCUUCUGAAGCGAUACAAUUGUUUUUGGUGAGAAACAGACCAACAAUUUUUCACUAUAAAUCUUGACAUCUGCAGUCUUCUAGGUGCGAUCAUGAUUUGAAGCUUGAUUGCAUUGAAAGCUUUGGACCUCAUUGACUUGCAUUGGCUGAUUUUGAAUUGUGAAUUUCUACAAUGGUAUUUGUAACUAAAAACUUGAUUUUGAAUGAUGCUGCAUCCACUCCAUUAUGUGUCACUGUAAAUCCAAGAUUAAACGAUCAAAAAGUUACUGAGUUUACCUUUAAAAACAAUUGUUUUCCGCAGAAGAAAAAGUCAUGCAAGUUUGAGAUUGCAUAAGGGGCAGUAAAUAAUGAGAGAAAUAUAAUUUCUGGGUGAAGUAUUAUUGUAUGUCUGUUACACAAUGUUACUGUUGGUCAGGAUUAAUUAUCUGUACUCACUAGCACUUGCAGUGAAUUAACAUAUUUCUGUUUGUUUUGUGUCGUUUUAGUAUUCCUUACUUUUCAUUGGUGAGUUAGGAUUUAUUAUUAUUAAUAAAGUGUUGUUUUUAAGCUUGAGAGAAAAGCUGUUGUAACUAAAACCUUUUUGCCUUGAGAUUUAUGUUGAAUCAGUUAUUUCAUAAUUGUGAGAGUCAUUUAAUUGUUAUUAAAUGAGAGUCUGGCACUGUAAUUAAGUUGACUGUAUAAGUUCCAGAGAUGUCUUGCACAUUUAUAUGAGAACUAGACCCUAUUGAAGUUUAUCACUGCCAGUGUUGGAAGGAAAGUAAAAUAAUGUAUUACUUCUCUUGUGUUUUUGUCCUUUUUUCACCAUAAGACUGUUUAAUUAGGAGCAAGUGAAAGUCUAUAAAAUAAUAAAUGUCCUUUUCACUUACGGGCAUGUGAUUUACAUGUGUAGAUUUUUGUAUUUGUUUAGAUUCUUUGUGUGAUUGAGCAUGGUGCCAUGAGCUGCUACAUGCCAGAUUGUGCAAAUGCAUUUAAACCGUAGAUGGCACAAUUUUCAACCUUUUGUUGUUCCAUUCAGUAAGAGGAUGUUGUUUGUCUUGGAACCAUUAUUCAUUGCUUGAUUGAUUCAUGCAUUUUGCUUUCAUUGUGCAUAAGCCAUUUAGGACAUUUCAGACUUGGUUCCCUUUUAUGCAUAUUGCAAAAUCUGAUGUAGUUAUUACUUAUUCCAUAUUUCAGUUUUUGUAUUUUGUUUUUAUUUUUAAUUAACCACAGUUUCCUCAAACUAACUUUUAUUAGAAAAAGAUUUUGCCUCUGCCAGAGCUCUAAAACUAAUAUCUUGGCAGUCAGGUUCAGAUACGAGACAUGUGCAUCUUGCUACAUAUUUAAUCAGCACAGAUCUAAGCAUAAACAUGAUUCACCACUAACAUUAAUGGCCAAACAUUGCUCAGUGAUAUUAUACUUGCCAGAACCUGAAAAACUGUUGCAACCAAUUCAUUUAGCAAGAAAUUGCUUUUAGCCAGGCAUUUAUUUGCUGAAUAUUUUGCAUUAUUUUCCUGUAAGAGUGCCAAGAGGGAAAUUCUGUUAAUUGAAAGUAUCAAAGUAUCACACCUUAUUAAAACACAUGGAGAAUAUUAAAUGGGAAUGUGUAAGUUGAUGGUAUUUCCUCAAAGUCACAGCAACCGCAUUGAAUCAAUCGCAGAUCUAAGAAUGUGCUACCUUCUCCUGUGCAAAAUCAGAGUGGGAGAAAAUACCCAUGUGGUUACCCAUUACUACUUGUGCAGAGAGCAGCAUAAUAGGUUGAGCUUCUGUUACUCUUUGUAUUUUUUCUUUGCAAUUUCAUUCAGUUCAUUUUGUGCUGUAACUAAAGAGGGUGCAAAAGACAGAAUUUUUUCAAUCAACUGGCUACACUAAUGAUUGUGGGACAAAGGUAAGGCAGGGUGCAGAGGUUAAUGCAGAUUUGAUAAUGGCUUCAGCACAGUGCCUCACAAAUAGCCCUUCACUUGUAAUUGUAUCAGUAGUCCGGCAGGUAAAGGAAUAGACAAAGCUGGCUAAUAGACAGCAGGUUGCAUUCACCUACAACUGUUGUUUGCAUUCUCAUGUUGUAGUGGUUAUUGAAAAUGGGUAUCGUGUGCCAAACUCAGGGACACUUUGUUUUAACAAACCAACAAAUUCAUUAUUUUAAGGAUUGCAGAGUUACUGUAGCUUCUCUUUAAGUUCUAUAGGGCCACCCACACACCAUGCACUAUACAUGCCCCUGUGAUGCACUGUCCAAGGGUGAAGGUUUUAGCCUUGUUUUAAGUCAAAUAAGACACUGAGGUUUUGACUCCAAUGUUAGCUUUUGAGUCUCUCCUGAUACGAACAAACAUCUGUUAUAAUACAUUAGAAAUCUGUCCAUAUACAGCAUUAUUCCUGUUGAAAACCUAAUUAAAUACAGGAAAAACUAGAUGAUGUUUGUCAGGAAAUGAGAUCAAAAAUGUAAUUAAUGAAAUGUUUAGAACAUUAAAGAUUUCAAACUAUUUUCUGUGAUCAAGUCAGUGUGUGUAUGGUCUCUCUCUGUUCCGUGGACCUUGAGUCACUGAAUCUUUUCGAAUGGACUUUAAGUCAUUAACCAUGGUGUUACUGUGAAUGUGGUAAAUGAUAAGAACUGUGGGAUUUUAUUGAAAUGAGUACAAUAAAGGUUAUGGCAAUAAUGCAAAACAGAUAACACCUUUUAGACACAUCAAAGUGUUUCAAGAUUUAUUUUACAGCACUUGAAAGUGUUCUCAGUACAGACCUGAACACAUGCCGUAGUCUUCAGACCGUAUCAGAGUCCUGUAAUCACAUGGAUCUUACUGAUGUUUUUCUCCAUAUCUAAUAGGCUCAGUGGUUAAUUUAGCUGAUACCAAACUCGU